AUGGCGCGUCUCGGCCGGUUGGGCUUCCUCGGGAUAGCAGUCUUGUUUCAUGUCAUCUACAUCUACUCCAUCUUCGACAUCUACUUCGUCAGCCCAAUCGUCCAUGGCAUGCGGGCGUAUAGUGUCGAUGCGCCCAAAGCCCCAGCCAAACGAUUGGUGCUAUAUGUCGGAGACGGUCUCCGCGCAGACAAGGCAUUCCAAUUCUUCCCCGACCCAUCAAGGUCGCCGGACGAUACAUCAGCACAGGAGCCAGGACCGUUAGCACCCUUCCUUCGAUCGAGGGUCCUCGAACAUGGCACAUUCGGUGUCUCGCAUACUCGCGUACCUACCGAAUCACGACCUGGGCAUGUAGCAUUGAUAGCGGGGUUAUACGAGGAUGUGGCAGCAGUAACAACAGGGUGGAAGCUCAAUCCAGUCAACUUCGACAGUGUCUUCAACAGGAGCCGGCAUACAUGGAGUUGGGGAAGUCCGGAUAUCUUGCCUAUGUUCUCAACAGGUGCUGUGCCGGGACGGGUCGACGAUGCAACAUACGGACAUGAAUUCGAGGACUUCAGUAAGGACGCCACGGAGCUGGACUACUGGGUCUUCGAUCGCGUGAAGCAGUUGUUCAAGGAUGCAGAGACAGACGACGCCUUGAACGCACGGUUGAGGCAAGACAAGCUGGUGUUCUUUUUGCAUCUGCUCGGAUUGGACACCACCGGACAUGCCUACCGGCCAUAUUCGAGGGAAUACCUGCGCAACAUUCAGGUCGUGGACCAAGGGGUCAAGGAGAUCACGGAGGUCAUCAACAACUUUUACGAGGAUGAUGAGACGGCUUUCGUAUUUACAGCAGACCAUGGCAUGAGUGACUGGGGUAGCCACGGAGACGGCCAUCCUGACAACACACGGACUCCACUCAUUGCCUGGGGAUCUGGGGUUGCGAAACCCAACACUGUCCGCCGAGGGAGGGCGCCUGGACAUGAAGAUGGCUUCUCCCACGAUUGGCAUCUUGACCACGUUCAGAGACACGAUGUUGCACAGGCAGAUGUGGCUGCGCUCAUGGCAUACCUAGCCGGCCUCGAAUUCCCAGUCAAUUCGGUCGGAGAGCUGCCCUUGUCAUUCCUGGACGCUACAGACGAAGAGAAAGCCAAAGCUCUUCUGACCAAUGCAAAGGAGAUCUUGGAGAUGUACCGCAUCAAGGAAGAAGAGAAGCAGGCCGAGGUUAUGCGAUACAGACCAUACUCUGGAUUUGGCGACGCCGAGCACAGUGUAGAUCAACGGGUGGCCACAAUCCAGCAGCAGAUAUCGAAGCGACAGUACAAGCAAGCAAUACAAAGCUCUGAUGAGCUCAUCCAGCUCGGUCUCAAAGGACUCCGGUAUCUUCAAACGUACGCCUGGCUGUUCUUGAGGACUCUCGUCACUGCGGGAUACCUGGGUUGGAUCGCCUUCGCCUUCACCACCGCUGUGGAUGAGCACAUGCUCGAUGGCAAGAUCGAGCCAUCACGGCCAGUAGGACUUGUGAUUGUGUUCUCCUCGAUCUUUGUCGGACUCUACAGCUUGCUGUUUAUGCAGAACUCGCCGAUCACUUACUACGCUUACGCGUUGUUUCCGGUCGUCUUCUGGGAAGAAGUGUUUGCCCGACGUCAAGCACUGGUAGAGGGCUGGCGGAGAGUGUUUGCGAAGUUCUCUAAAAGUGAUUCGAGCAAGUUCGCACUCAAUGCUUUUGCUUAUUUGGCGUUGCUCGAAGUCAUGGUACAAAGCUACUACCAUCGCCAGAUCUACACUAUCUGCUACUUGCUGGCUGCUGGCUGGCCACUGGUAUACGGUCUUGACUUUGUGAAGGCCAACUGGACAUUAUGCACCACCUGGGCACUUGGAUGCACUUCGAUGAGUGCUUUCACGCUGCUUCCUGCAAUCAAGGUUGAGAGUGCCAGCCUGAUCUUGUUCGGUGGCUUCCUGAUUCUCGUUCUCGGAGUGCUCUAUAUUGCGUUCGAGAAGAGCCUACUCGUGAAGACUUCACCUUCCGGGAAGGGACUGGGUGCAGACGCACCUGACGGCUUGUCACGCAUUAUUUUUGGAGUCCAGGUUGGCCUGGUUGCGCUUGCUAUGAUCGUGACACGAUCGAGCGUUGCUUCUCUGCAAGCCAAGCAAGGCUUGCCACUCGGAACGCAGAUAGUCGGUUGGGCGACUUUGACUGCCUCUCUAGUCGUCCCGUUCCUGCACGCCCUAAGCCCUCGAGACCACUACCUCCACCGCCUGGCCGUGAUCUUCCUGGCCUUCGGACCACUCUUCAUCAUCCUCACGAUCUCCUACGAAGGACUAUUCUACUUCUCCAUCGCCAUAACCCUAGUGUCAUGGGUCCGACUCGAACACCGGAUACACCAACAAUCCUUCACCACUUCUGCCACAAAGAUGAAUGGCAACGCCCUCGAAGUAAGCAACCCUCUGGAACCCGCCGUCUCCGCAGCAAAACAGCGCAAAACAGCCCUCAAGCAAGGUGACUACCGCAGCCUCACUCUCAGCGAUGCCCGCAUCUGCCUCUUCUUCCUCUACCUCCUGCAAUCCGCCUUCUUCAGCACCGGCAACAUCGCCUCGAUUUCCUCCUUCUCCCUGGACGCCGUGUACCGACUCCUACCCGUCUUCGACCCUUUCUCACAGGGCGCUCUCCUCGUCCUCAAACUCCUGGCCCCUUUCGCCCUCGUCUCCGCCAACCUCGGCAUCCUCACAAAACGACUCCGACUACGAGGCGGCAGUCUCUUCGCCGUCGUCAUGGGCAUUGGCGACUACCUCACUCUCCGCUUCUUCUGGGAGGUGAGAGAUGAGGGAAGCUGGUUGGAAAUUGGGGAGAGCAUUAGUAUGUUCGUUAUCGCGAGUGUGCUUUGUGUGUUCGUUGCUGGGUUGGAAGCUCUCAGUGAGGUGUUCGUGAGGGGCGUGGAGUUUGAUGAUGAGCCUUUGACUGAGCAGGUUAAGGAAGUCAAUGGGAGUGUUAAUGGGGCGUUGAAGGAGAAAGCGAAGAAAGCAAUGGGUACUGCGAAUGGGAGGAAGAAGUAG